UUUCACUUGAUCAGGUAUUUUCAGGGUAGUCCAAAAGUGAGCCCAUCUGUCUCAUUGGAACGACUAUCAAAGGCACCAGGACCAAAGAAAGUCCACUCCUCAUCCAGACUAGCGGAUGCUGCUGACGCGCCAAAAAUGGCACGAGAGAGCUCGAGUCUAUCACAGACUGGCUCAGAGAAGGGUGAAAAGCAAGAGAAGGAAAAAGCAGAGAAGCCUGGAGGAAAAUCCAAAGAAAAACCAUCAGAAAAACCCAAGGAGAAAGCAGCAGAGAAUUCUGAAGAGAAGCCUCCAGAGAAGUCACCAGAAAAACCUGAGAGCGUGAUGGAUAAAGUGAAAAAACUACAAGAAUCUGCUGCCCCAAUGUCUCCCAUGUCCCCUAUUCACACAAGCAUACCUUCGGGUAUGGAUGAAGGAACUGAGCAAGAGUAUUUGAAACUACAAGUGAAGGAUUUGUCGGAGAAGCUCGAAACAUUGAGGCUCAAACGCAAAGAAGACCAUAGUAAACUUGUUGAUUACGAAAGGAGCAAGAUACAACUGCAGGCUCUUAUGGAGCUGAAAUCGAAAAUGGCUGAUCAGCUCUUGGACUUGCAACGGCAGCUGCAAGAAGCAAGAAAGGAAGCCAUUGAAAGCCGUGAGUGGAAAGAAGCGAAUCAGGAUGAGCUGAGCUCUGCGGCAGAACAGCUGGAAAUGGCUACAAUUGAUAAGGAAAUGGCUGAGGAAAGAGCGGAAGCACUACAGCUUGAGCUAGACACGCUGAAACUCAAGAAUGAAGAGUUGGAGGCUGAUCUUGAAAUUUUGAAAGAAGAGAUGGCGGCUGGAGGAGUCGGCGGAAUUAGUGAAGGCAACAGCGUACAACUG